ACCAAGUACUACAAUAGAGCUAAAUUAAAAUAAUUGUAUUUGAUACUAGUAUAAAAGCUCUGAAAUUAAUAAUGAAUGAAUCAAAUAAUCUUGCGUUAUCCAUAGGAGCUCCAAUCCAUUCACAAAACAAAAUGAAAGUUUUAUUUUUAUAUGUAUUUGUUAUUUUAAUUAACUUUAAAAUUUCGUAUGGAAGACCUCGUGUUGCUGCUGCCAGUCGGUGUGUUAACAUGUGGGAUGAAGGCUGUAUCAACGGUCAGCUUCCUGGAUCAGGUCGCGAUGACGAUUACAUAAAUGGUGGUUUUAACCCCGGUAAGCGGUGCAUCAACAUGUGGGACGAAGGGUGCACGAACGGACAACUUCCCGGCUCAGGUCGCGAUGAUGACUAUAUAAAUGGAGGUUUCAACCCUGGCAAACGAUGCAUUGGAGAAGGAUGCGAUAAUGGCUGGCUAGGAAGUUCAGGAAGCAAUGGACAUCGCAACAAUCAAUUAGAUGAACUUGGAAUUGCCAACGAAUUACUGGCAAGACUGUAUAAAAAUAGACAUCAUUAAUUUGUCUUUCUGAUCGAUGUUACAAAAUUAGUACAUACUUUUUCAUCAGGCUUUAUUUUUACUGCUCAUUAAUGAUUACUACAAUUAUUUUUCAUUCAUAUAGAUACAUAUUUCCGUUUUGUUUAUUCUGAGCUGUGUGACCUUGGCACUGUUUGUAUGGAAACGAAUUAUAUAAAAAAAUUGGC